AUGGAACUCAUGGAGCUUGUCGAGAACGAGCCUACCGCUCGCCCUUUCCAGUGUGACUGGCAGUCAUGCAACAAGUCUUCGAGUCUGGCGAGGCAUCGACGAAUCCAUACGGGUAAACGCCCAUAUAAGUGCGCCCACGAUGGCUGUCUCAAGAGCUUUUGCCGCAAGACGACCAUGGUCAAACACCAGAGGCGUUCCCACCAGCGUGGUAUGCACUCGAACGAACUGCUCGACGACUGCACCUCCGACUCGGAGAGCGGCGAGUCCCCUUCCACCCCCAGACACUCGGCCAUGCACUGGCCUGCCAUGCCUGUGAACCACUCCGGAAUGCCCCAGGGACACGCCAUGCACCGAGCAGCGUCCUUUGCCGACUUUGGCCAACAGAUGAGCUACCCCAUGCCGCAGCAAGCUCCGCAGCCCACCCACCAGCACCACCAGCACCAACAGCUGCAGCCGCCGCCGCAGCACCAGUACGGCCACCGCCAUAGCCUGUCGUCCAACAACGCUCAGAUCUUCCACAGCAUGCCCGUCGAGGAGCAGACCCCUCAGCAGCACCCUGGUGCGCACAUGCUGCACAGGACCGCGAGCAUGCCGCAGCACUCGUACUAUGUGACGGAGCAGAGCAACCCUGGCGUGGCGACGAUGAACACGAACCCCAUGCCCGCACAGUACCAAGUGCCCCGGCAACCGGUGGAGAGGCUGCCCCUCGAGAUCCCUUACUCGGCACCUCACCAGGCCAUGCAGAGCAGCCCGAGCAACUUCUCGGCUGGUUCUGGCCGGAGCCCGUCGACUCAGGAAGGCUUCUACACGCAUCAGCCCACGCAGACGGCGACUUACGCCCUCCACGCCGCUUCACCCGUCGAUCACGCACAACAGCAUACCCCGCAACACCAGCCCCAGCCGCAGAUAGUCCCCUAUGCCCAACAGGUAUCGACACAGGUACCUGCCCCUCAAGCCCAGGCGCCUCAGCCCGUACAGCAGCAGGUCCAGCAGAUGUCCCAGCACUACCCCUCACCCUCGCCUCAGCCCCAGGCUGUGGCCGAGGACUACUGGAAUGGUGCGGCAUAUCAAGCGCCGGUCGAGGUCGCAACCAUUGGCUCGCUGCCCACCUUUGGCUCCGGCACCUAUGAUCUCUGGGGCCCCAAGAUCGAGUUCGAGGACCCGUCGAUGCAGCUGCCCAGUGCCCGCAUCGAAAACAUGUAA